AUGUCCAAGGCCGUCUUCCUGACCAAAACAGAAGGCAAACCGGGCCAAGUCUACUAUCCCCUCUCCGUGCAGGCACAGGCCGUCCCUACCCCACAGGGCCGCGAAUUACUCAUCAAGCUGACCGCGGCCUCGCUCAACCACCGCGACGUCUUCCUACGCCAACAUUUGUACCCGGGAGUCACGUUCGAUGUCCCCCUCGGUGCCGACGGAGUGGGCAUGGUGGUCGGGGCGGGUCCCGAUGUCGCUGACCCGCAGCGCUGGCAGGGGAAACGAGUGAUCCUGAAUCCCGGGGUGGGCUGGGACAGCUCGCCGGAUGGCCCGGAAGAUCCCAAGGGGUACCGGAUCAUGGGCGGAACGAAACUGUACAACAAGGGGACGCUGCAAGAAUAUGUGGCUAUCGAGGAGUCCGAGGUUGAGGAGGCGCCGGAACAUCUAUCGGAUGCGGAGGCCGCGGCGCUUCCUUUGACGGGGUUGACCGGGUGGCGGGCGUUGGUGGUCAAGGCUGGCGAGAGAAAUUCGGGCAAGGGGGCGGCCAUCCUGGUGACGGGGAUCGGAGGUGGGGUGGCUCUCAUGGUUCUGCGAUUUGCGGUGGCCAGGGGAGUCGACGUGUAUGUGACCAGCUCGAGCGAGGAGAAGAUCAAGAAGGCGGUUGAGCUGGGCGCCAAGGGUGGUGUGAAUUAUAAGGAGGAAGGAUGGGAGAAAAAGCUGCUGGGUCAGCUCCCCCCCGGAAAGGCGGCUUUCGAUGCGGUCAUCGACGGGGCUGGAGGCGAUGCAGUCGAAAAGGCUGUCAAGCUACUCAAGGCUGGCGGCAUCCUCUCGGUCUAUGGAAUGACGGUCGCGCCCAAAAUGCCUUUCUUGAUGCAAGCGGUGCUGAAGAAUAUUGAGGUGCGUGGGUCUACGAUGGGCUCGCGCAAAGAGUUUAAAGAGAUGGUCGAGUUUGUGAGGAGCCAAAAGAUCCAUCCUGUUGUCUCGCGAGUAGUUCAAAGCGACUUGGGCGAUAUUCCGGCACUGGAUGAUCUUUUCCAGGACAUGAAGGAGGGCAAACAAUUCGGCAAGCUGGUCUUCGAAUUCGGCAAGGCUGUCACAAUGAACGCCGAGCUUGUCCUGCGAUACGGGCCUGGCAUGUCCUUCUACCGGUCUCACCUCCAGUCACCAGACUUAACUCAACCUGACAGCAAUACCGCCAAGGUGUCACUGAGGAGAUACUCUUCGACUCUUCGCACCCUGGAAACGACCAAUGAGAUGCUGAUUCAUAAGAUCGGCAAGCUACGAACGAACACCCAUCGACUCCGACACGAUCUGAUGAACCUGGAACUGCACGUGAAAGCAUUUAACCGCGAGCUCUUGGCGACAUGGCAGGCAGACACAUUGACGCGACUCAUCGAGGUUAUAUAUGAGCGCCACGGCUGGAAGUUUCCCGGCAGGGUUGCCGUUGGCGACCACAUCUACCUGCCCCGUGAAACCCUCUCCACAUUGUACUUGAAGGCCUUGGUGAGGAUCAAGAAGGAGACGGUUACGAAGAGGUUUGGGCUGCCGAUGCGGUACUGGCAUGCUCUACAGAGAUACCAUGAAGUCACUCAUUUACGGAGCACCAAUCCCAGCCGAACUGAGAACAGCUUCGCUCGAUGGUUGGUCUCCGUGAAGGAGGUGAAUCGGGGAGCGUAUCGAUUCUGGGGCAGAUUGUUUCCUCUCUGCUAUAACAACCGGUCCGUCGAGCAGAGCGCCACUAUCUUUUGACUAGCAGCCAGCCCUCCCGCGAGGUUGAUUUUCCUUGAUUGCAGGACCCUGCCUUCGAACAAGAAUCUUCGGAUAGAUAGCAUCGAAAUGAAAAAGUCUCUGCCUCAGUCCCACCAGCUUGCAGCUCCGUGGCGAGUUGAGUGAGACAUGCUACCAAAACCGGUGACGCUAUGCUGGACUGGCGUGUGGUGUGUUAUCAGCGAUCCCAUUUCUGGCCAAGACCCGUAAAAAAUAAUCCCAGUCUUUCUCCAGUUUAGUCCACGCAGCCAACGGGGUGUCGAUCUCAGAGGAAACGGCCCAAGUGUGACGCUGACUGGCCAUGUUUCUGGCAAUUCCGGCCAGUGCAAAGGACCUGCAUUGGGCUCCAGCUUGGUUGGUUAUGGACAAUCAACCCGGACGCAGGAUACUCUUUGGCCAGCACAGCGUGACGUCGAGGGGGACUUGGAGGGGGAGUUUUCCAUUUGGAUGAUAGGAUGGUUGUUGAUUAGCU